AUGCAGGACGCAAAGAUAUCUGAUUGUUUACAUAUCUACACAGGUGCCAUCUGUGAGGAGGACACUAACACAUGUGAACUGCUACCGUGUCAGAAUGGUGGAGUCUGCGAGAGCCACCAUGGAGGCUACAGGUGCCUCUGCUCUCAACAGAGCCAAGAUGGCCAACUGUACGGAGGCGAGAACUGCACAGUUGCCCUCCUGGGCUGCGACGGCAACCGCUGCAAGAAUGGCAGUAUCUGCUCUCCCCUCUUCCUGAACGACCGCCACACCUACACCUGCACCUGCCGCGCGGGCUUCACCGGCUCCAAGUGUCAGACGUCCACCAUCUUCUCCUUCGAGACCAGCGGCUACAUGUACGUGGAGACCCAGAUAUCGGACCCUGAAGUCCCUCUGAACGUCACCCUAAGCUUCAGGACGGACCGGCCCGUCGGCACCCUCCUCCAGCGCCGGGUCGAAAACCUGCUGCUCACCAUCGAGCUGGUCGACAGCCACUUACGCCUCAGCAUGCUAAGAGGUCAAGAGUCAAGAAGGGCAGUGGUUCUGGAGCUACCGCCGAGCGUGUCGGAUGGCCAGUGGCACACAGUGGAGGCCUGGCUGGGCAGUGAGGCGGAGGGAAGCGGGGUCAGAUUGCUUCAGUCCUCCUGUGAUGAGGUGGGCUGCACCAAGGAGUUCCCAACCACCGAGACCCCCCUACUGGAGCAAGGCUCCGGCCUCUCUGAGUCCGGCUCAGUCCGUCACAGCCUCUUCCUAGGAGGUGUGGGACUGGGCUGGGGCUCUGGUGUGGUAGCAGGAAAGAGGACGCCUGAGGCUGCUGACCCGCCUGUCGCACUUGCCCCGCCUGCCCACUUCCUGGGCUGCUUUCGGGACGUGUUUGUGGAGUCACGACUGGUGGUGCCUGCCCCCGCCAACUCGCCGGCUCAGAUCAACGUCACAGCGGGGUGCAGUGAUAAGGACAAGUGUGACGACAACCCGUGUCAGAACCGGGGGCAUUGCAUAAACCAGGGAUGGAGGAGCCAUGUGUGCGAGUGCUACAGACCGUACAAGGGGACUACUGACUGCGCUGAGGGACAUAGUUUGCAACUUUAUUUAUUUUUCUUAAACUCUCUCUCUCUGUGUAUCAACGCAGAGUACAUCACCGCCAAGUUCGGGAACGAGGACGUAGCAAGCUAUGCCGUCUUCUCCUUGGACGAUCCCCUGGGUUCUGGCACCAUCACCAUAUCCAUGUUUGUGCGCACCCGGCGCCCCAGCGGCCUUCUCCUGGUACUGGCUAACAGCACCAGCCAGUACCUCCGUCUGUGGCUGGAUGACGGCCAGGUCAAAGUUCAGGUGAACAAUUUUGAGAGCCUGGCGGGAAGCAAAGUGGUCAGUGACGGCCAAUUUCACUUGGUGACGGUGCAGCUGGACGGCGACUCUGUGACCCUGUUCCAGUCGGCCCAGAGCCAUGGAACCAUUCCCAUCUGGCCCGUGGUGGCUCAGCCAGGGGACCUGGUCUACGUUGGGGGCCUGUCUGACCAGAGAGCCUCGGCCUCCUUCGGGGGUUACCUGAAAGGCUGUGUCCAGGACCUGAGAAUCAACAAUAAACAGCUGCAGUUCUUUCCCAUAGGAACUCCGGUGACCUCAUUCAGCGUGGAGGAGCUGGUCAACGUCACACAGGGAUGUACAAGUGACAACGUCUGCAGUAACAUCCCAUGUCUGAACGGCGGAGUGUGCUACUCCAUGUGGGACGACUUUAUCUGCAAUUGCCCACCCAACAUUGCAGGGCGGCGCUGUGAGGCGGUCAAGUGGUGUGAGCUGUCUCCGUGCCCUUCGACCGCAGCCUGCCAGACCCUCUCACAGGGCUUUGAGUGUGAGUUCCUAGUUCGGGAACCCCUUUCUGAAGAGAUUAUCAACCAAGCAAUGCAAUUAAAGGAUAAGGACUCAAUAUGGUUCCUUACCCUGAAAGUAGUCUAUGGGCUAGGAGAGACUGUAAUCCAUGGAUAUUACAGAUUUCGUUGUUUUAAGCCUCUUCUGUUUUGCAUUCCAGGUGUGUCCAACGUGACCCUCCGGAAUGACAGCAUACUGGCCUACAGAGGCAACGGGAAGAUCAGGAACCACCUCAGCAGCGUCCUCCUCAGUGUGCGAACGAGACAAACGGACGCCACCCUCCUACACACCGAGAAAGGCUCUGAGUUCAUCACCAUCUCCCUCCAGGACUCUCACCUCCUGCUGGAACUACAGGCCGGUGGUGGCGAGGCCUCCCCCAAGCUCACUGCCCAGAGCCGGGGCCUUGUCAGUGACGGCCAGUGGCACAUGGUGGAGCUCUCAAUGGAAGCCCCGGAUCUACAGACCUCCAGGUGGAUCAUGGUCCUGGAUGGGGGAAGAGAUGGAGUAGAGGAGGAGCAUGUUGUGUCCGAGGUCGCCUCUGGGAGCCUGGCCUUCCUCAGGGAGGGAGUGGACAUCCUCCUGGGAGGUCUGGGGCCAGAGGCUGGGGGGAAUUUGGAUGGAUGUCUGGGCCCUGUCCAGAUCGGGGGGCUACCGCUGCCCUACUAUGGAGAUACUGACCUGAACCUUCCCAGGCCCCAAGAGGGGCAGUUUGUGAGGAACCCCGGUGCCGCCACCCCCCUAUAUGGCUGCCGGGGGGCUAGUGUGUGCACGCCGAACCCCUGUCUAAACCAGGGGGUGUGUGAGGAUCUCUUUGACCUCUACCUCUGCAGGUGCCCUCCUGAGUGGAUGGGGCCACAAUGCCAGAAUGACGUGGACACCUGCGCCGUCAAGGCCUGUGUCCAUGGCAACUGCAGUGUGUUGGGGGAGGGAUAUGUAUGUGCAUGUGAGCCGGGGUAUGGGGGGACCAGGUGUGAGAAGGACGUGGAUACGUGUGAGAACAACAGGUGUGGCCCGGGGGCCACCUGUCUCAGAGGCCUCCUGAACUACGCCUGCCACUGCCCCAGGAACAUGACCGGGCCCUUCUGCGAUGAAAAUGUGCCAGAAGUCCCAUGGUACAUUGAAAAGAUACCAUACCCCAACCUGCCCACGUCCGUGUGUCCUGGAGACAGAUGGAACUACAGCUGCUUCAAUGGGGGGAACUGCUCUAAGCAAGACUACACCUGUGACUGUCUGCCCGGUUUUAUAGGGCAAUGGUGUGAGGUAGACUUUGAUGAGUGUGCGUCGGGCCCCUGUGAAUACGGAGGCUACUGCCACAACCUUGUCAACAACUUCCACUGUAUAUGUGAGAUUAACUUCUCAGGUGACCAGUGCCAGAUCGAUGUCAGCGACUUCUACUUGUACCUGGCCCUGGUGCAAUUCCAAUACAUGUUCCAGCUCAUGUCCUACCUUAUCUUACACCUCGACGAUGGCCCAGAGAUCGACUGGGGACAACUGCAAAUAGAUGACGACUAGCGACCCAUUGGAGCCAACAUGGACAACUAGGGGCCCAUGAGAGCCAACAUGGAUAACAAAGGGCCAUCAGGAACCAACAUGGGCUACAAAGUGUUGAUGAAAUGUUCUGGGUAGAUGUUGCUUCCACUUCCUAUGCACAGGUCUAGGAUCCAUUUACCCUCCCAAAAACCUUACCUUAACUAUUUACAUAUGUUAUUGGACCAUAAACAGAUGUCUCAUUAAUCGACUACUUGCUUAUGUCGUUCUCGCGGGCACUAAAAGUUUUAAAAAAUUGAUAGGGGACAGAAUGCAGUUGGACCAUCAAAUAAUUGGCCUAUACAUUACUCUUACAUAAUUUCCAUGUGGGCAAGGAUAUUGGAAAUGUAAUCAAAGCCAAUUGGAUUAUAACUUGCUUUUAAUUAGGACAGAAUCAUUUAUAACUGACGUUUUCCGACAUAACAUACAGUUGAAGUUGGAAGUUUACAUACACCUUAGCC